CUCGCGCGCGGCAUUCUGGGAACGCGGGGUCUUCUGGGAGCGCGGGACCGCCAUUCGCUCGCUCACGCUUUCGGUGCUGCUGAAGUCGCUUGUCCACGGAAGAAGUGGAAGAGGAGGCCGCAGCCGAGUUUUCUUCCUGCCAAGAUGUCUAUUGGUGUGCCGAUUAAGGUUCUGCAUGAGGCUGAGGGCCACAUUGUGACAUGUGAGACGAACACCGGUGAGGUAUAUCGGGGGAAGCUCAUCGAGGCAGAGGACAACAUGAACUGCCAGAUGUCCAACAUCACAGUUACCUACAGAGAUGGCCGAGUGGCACAGCUGGAGCAGGUGUACAUCCGUGGCAGCAAGAUCCGCUUCCUGAUUUUGCCUGAUAUGCUGAAAAAUGCACCCAUGUUAAAGAGCAUGAAGAAUAAAAACCAAGGCUCCGGGGCUGGCCGGGGGAAGGCUGCUAUCCUGAAGGCCCAAGUGGCUGCGAGAGGAAGAGGACGUGGAAUGGGACGUGGAAACAUUUUCCAGAAGCGAAGAUAAUUUUAUCUGUUGAACAGAACUUUGCCCUUAUUUUUUGUUUUUGGUUAGGUGGGUAUGGGCGACGGGGUGCUUAUCUAUAUGUCGUAGGUUUGCUUUUGACAUCUUUUCAUUAGGUCUGGGGAAAUAUUAAACUAAAUAAAUAACGCGUUUUUGUUUUUGAGAAA